CGCAACAUUAAAGAUGCGAGCUGCCGUUAAAAUCCAACGAAGAAGAACUAGAAGAAUGACAAGAAUUUUUCCCAGUUGUUGAUGUUGGAGUCUGCGCUGCGAUGAGCGAUCGGUUUGUUAAACCAGGUAAUCAGGAGCACGGGUGGAACGACCCACCACAGUUUUCAUAUGGCUUACAGAAGGAUUCAGGUGGAAUAAAGAGGAAUGUUCUCAACAAGAGGGUGCAUGCGCCCCAAUUCACUGGUCAAGCUCAUCCCACUGGUUCUGGAUCAGACAUGCAAUCCCCACCAGUGGCGAUGCUAACGCCACCCCGAGGAAUGAAUCCUCCUCCAAUGAAUAGCAGCACCCCGCCAUCCAUAUGUCCGAAACCUCCCUCAGACGGAAAGACAGAGGCAAUAGAGAUGGAGACAGAGCCGUCUAUUGAAGAUGUGCAAGAAGCACUUUAUGGGGCGUUAAACGCAUGCAGACAUACUGUAAAGAAACAAAUUUGUGAUGAUGUGGAAAGACGUCUGAAGCUUUUUGAGGACAUGUGGAAAAGUGGAAAACUUUCUCCUUUGGUUAAACACAGGAUGCAUAGAUUGUCCCAGGACCUGAAAAGAAAAAAUUGGGAUUCAGCUGAUGAGAUCCACAGAGGCCUGAUGGUGGAUCAUGUUGCUGAAGUCAGUCAGUGGAUGGUGGGAGUCAAGCGUCUUAUCGCUGAAGCCCGGAGCCUGAACCCAGAACAAAUCAACAACCGCACUGAUCCAGACUCAUGAGGACCGUACGAUGUCCAUUCCUCUGAAAACCCAUGCUGCAUUAUAUAAGUUGCCAAAGUGAUUUGUUAACUUAUGUAAAGUUUUCUACAAUCUACCUUUCGCCCAUUCCCAUCUACAUCAUCUAAUAUUACUUUUUUGUGGAGUGGUGGUGGGGAACAGUCUUUUUUUUAUUUUUCCUCAUUAAAAAUUGAAAAUAAUGUAUAUUUAAAAUAAUGUAGGUAUUAAGUAUUACCACUGUAUAUAAAAUUUGCUUUUAAAAAGGAGGUGAUUGUCAAUUAUUUCAGCUUAAUCUAGCAGGUUAUAUGUAUUUUCUGAGAUAUUAUAUAUCUCAGUGGCUAUCCUUAAAAUGUCAUCUUGAAAAACUGUCCAUUAUGAUGUGCAAUAAAAUAGGCUAAAACCUAACCUCAAACUAUUGUAGCCAUUAUAACAUGCAUACAUUAUGCAUAGCUCAAAACAACAAAAGUAAAAGCCUUUUUUGAUGUAAAUGCAUUCCA